AUGGAUGACGAAAGGGAAUGUCCUGCAGCACAAAAUCAGAAGAUAUGUGUCAAGACGUGGAGCGUAUGCAAAGCUGAUGUGUAUGGUGAGAAUCAAAAGCAAUUGCAUCAUGGAACAACGAAGCCUCACCUUGCCGUUAUGUCUCUGCUUCUAUAUGGAGCUAGGCCAGGGCCUCCCGUUUUGCCAGUUGAAUUCAGGGGGAAUGCUAUUGGUCCACAACUUCAGAUUGCUCACGACCUCAGCCAGCCAAAAUUUCUCUCUCACGGCGGCGCCUUCACCAACAAACGAAAAUCCUCCGUCCAAUCAGUCCAAUCAAAACCAGUAACUAGUAAGAUUCCUGAUCUUUUACGACAAUAA